AUGAACAAGUUUGCCGCUCUUCUGGUGGUGGCCAGCGUCUGUCUGGCCGGUGUGUCCGCCCAGUGCCCGCGUAUUGUGACCCGCGCCCAGUGGGGAGCCCGUGCGGCCAGCACCUCCCAGCUGCCGAUCCGUCCGGCUCCGUGGGUCGUGAUGCACCAUACGGCCGGUGCUCACUGCACUACGGAUGCUGCCUGCAACCAGCAGAUGCGCAACAUCCAGUCGUUCCACAUGGACGGUAACGGUUGGGCUGACAUCGGUUACAACUUCCUGGUCGGUGAGAAUGGUGCCGCUUACGAGGGUCGCGGUUGGGGCCGUCAGGGUGCCCACGCUCCGGGAUACAACGAUCGCUCGGUCGGCAUGGGCGUCAUGGGAACCUUCACCAACGGCAUCCCGAAUGCGGCCGCCCGUACUGCCGCCCAGAACCUGAUCACCUGCGGUGUCUCGCUUGGCCACAUCGCCUCCAACUACUGGCUGAUUGGACAUCGUCAGGCCGUUGCCACCGCCUGCCCCGGCAAUGCCUUCUUCAACGAGAUCCGCACGUGGCCCCGCUUCAACCCGAACGUUUAA